GCGCUGAACCGUGACGUUUCGUCGUUAAAUAAAUGUAAACCCAGCUUAUAAGAGCUGUUAAAAGAUAUCGGCUUAUCAUUGCUAUGACAAUGCAACAAGUAGUAAUACGUUAGAUCGCGUACCGGGGUAGGUAUCAAUAUAAGGGAUGAAUCUUUUCAUGGGGUGCACGAUGUGCGCAUGCGUCAAGUUAUUUGUCGGACGAGUAAUCAGUGUGUUGAAUUUUGAUAUUUUAUUUGAUCGUUGAUAUUUUCUAUAAAUCGUGUCGAUUUUGACUACUUUUUAUUAAUUAAUUAUUACUCAUUAGUUAUUUUUAUAUUUAAUAUUAUUUAUUUAUAACCAUGAGUGAAAAGGCUGAUUACAAUGUGUGCAUAAUUUGUUCGAGAUCGGUCGAGUUAAAUCCCGGAUUAUCUUUACACGUAUUCCCCAAAGAUCCACUUACAAGGUCAAAAUGGUUGUUAGCCUUUGGAUUCAAUGAAUCAGAUGUUUUACCGAGUCAAAAGGUCUGUUCAUUUCAUUUUGAAAAACGCUGUUUCACUGAUCAAUACAAAAAAUGCCUUAUACAUGGAGCAAUUCCUACACUACAUACUAAUAAACUGGAGUAUUUUGUACCAGGAAAUCCUUCAAUAUCUGGAAUAUGCUCAAAUUCAAAUACAACGCUGCCCAAUACUUCAAUGGAUAUAUCUGUGAUAAGUUCUGAUGAAGUAAUCCAAAGAAGUCCUAAACGCAUGCGUAGUCCUAUAUAUUUACAUUUUGAACCAGAAAAUCCUUCAACACCUGAAAUAUGCUCAAAUUUAAAUACAACUCUGCCCCAUACUUUAAUGGAUAUAUCUAUGAUGAAUCCUGAUGAAGUAAUCCAAAGAAGGCCAAAAAGUACACGUCAUCCUGAACUUAUACGUCGUCUUGACCGUACACGUCGUCUUGAACCUAUAGGUCGUCCUGACCGUACACGUCGUCCUGAACCUAUAGUUCGUCCUGAACUUAUAUGUCGUCCUGACCGUACACGUCGUCCUGAACCUAUAGGUCGUCCUGAACGUACACGUCGUUCUGAACAUAUAGUUCGUCCUGAACUUAUACGUCGUCCUGACCGUACACGUCGUCCUGAACCUAUAGGUCGUCCUGAACGUACACGUCGUCCUGAACGUAUACAUAGACCUGAACGUAUACAUAGACCUGAAUGUAUUCAUAGACCUGAACGUAUACAUAGACCUGAACGUAUUCGUAGAUCUGAACGUAUACACAGACCUGAACGUAUACAUAGACCUGAAUGUAUACAUAGACCUGAACGUAUACAUAGACCUGAACGUAUAUAUAGACCUGAACUUAUUCGUAGACCUGAACGUAUACAUAGACCUGAGUGUAUACAUAGACCUGAACGUAUACAUAGACCUGAACGUAUACAUAGACCUGAACUUAUUCGUAGACCUGAACGUAUUGAUAAUCCUAUACCUAUACCAAGUCCUGAUCAUAUAUAUAGUCCUAAUCAGACUAUUGAAAAUACAAUAUGUCUGUGGAAUCAAAUAUUGCAACAUAUUUAAUUUAAAAAAUAUGAUACUCAAAGUAAUGAUAAGAAUAAUGUAUAUUUUUGUUCUUAA